AUGAGAAGUCUGUCAUUUCAAGUUUUCUCACCUGGAGUGAAAAUGGUGAGUGUGGGGGUAGGUACAAGGUCAGAUUGGGCGAGAAAAUCCUGUCCAGGUUCUGGAACUUAUAUAGAGACAGAUGAGGCUGUCUUACGAAGAAGACAAAAGCAGAUAGAUUAUGGGAAAAAUACCAUUGGUUACCAGCACUUUGUCCAACAGGUUCCCAGGAUGGCUCGCCAAUCAGGUAUUCAUCCAUGUACUCCAAAUAAAUAUAAAAAGUACAGUCGUCGCUCGUGGGACAUGCAGAUUAAGCUUUGGCGAAGGGCACUUCAUGAUUGGGAUCCACCUGGACAUGAGAGGGAAGAGUUGGUGACCAAAAUGGAUCUUUUGUCUAAUCUCCCAAACGACUGGUUUGAGGCUCGGUCUAUUCAGGAAAAUAUUUGUAAAGAAGUCCUAGGAGAAGAGAUUUCUGGAUUGUCGUCAUCUGGCCAUUUUUAUCCGCUGUUUCAGGAUACAUUCUCCAACAGGGAACAUUUCACGGAAGAUACUGAAGACUGUCCAUUUGAUUCCUGGCUCUCGUUUUGUUCUCAUGGGAUCCCAAUGCAGUCAAUGAUCUAA